UUUAGACGCCAGUGAAGCGCGCUAGCUCCUUCGCUACAGGUUACGGUAAGAUACUUAAUGAAUAAAGUUGCAUACCGAUAUUUAUGUCAAGUCUUUAUAUGUAUUCACUAAUUAUCUUCAGCUUUCAAAAAUUGCUGGUUUGUACGAUAGCUAGUUAUCGAGCUAACCUGAGAUGAAGUUAGCUUGCUUACGUCAACGUUAGCUUUGCUAGUUCAGCCAGUGUCAGUUUCGUUUUAGUAAAUUUAUCUUAUUCAUUUCGACGGUCUACAAUAUCUAUCUAGCUAUCUAUGUCAUUUGUAUCACUUGCAUGAGCAACCCUUUCAGGCCUAUGGUUUGGCUCCAUGUCAGGGCUAACUAACGUUCAGCCAGCAUUUGCCAGAUGACGUUAGCUAGACCUGCAUGACGGUUCGGGCAAGGCCUGCCGGUUAUCGCCAGCAUGUCACCUACAAGGAAUCAGCCAAGAUAGGCCCCGCCCCCAAGUUUCCUGAUAUUGAAUCCAUAUUCUCCUAGAUUGCUUCUUUGACCCCUCAUCUCUUCACUGGCAACUUUCUCUACAGAGAUUUGAUACGUUUACGUUCCAGCAUGUCUCACAACUACUCCUACAGACGACCACCACCAGCUAAAGAUCUAAGAGCCAGCGCUUUCGACUCUCCAGAUCACCUGCACCCUGGAGACCACGGUCACAAUGUUUACAGAUCGUCCCAGGAGCCACCGUCUCAUUCCACAAUACCAUCCUACCCAUCCUCCUCAUCCAGAGCCUCCGCUGCCAACGAGUCCCCUUAUUCCUUCUCACUAAACCAGUCAGACCCUUACUCCUCUCUAAGCCGGUCAGACCCUUACUCUUCCUCUCUAAGUCGGUCAGACCAAACUCUGACCCUCCUGAGCAGCUGUGGGCUCGAGCCCAAAGACUUGUCUCUACUAGCCGAGAUGCCUGAGGAGCUCAUCACUGUGGAGAACCUACCACGUCUGCUCCUGGAGAUCAGAAAGAAGAGGGCGACACAGCAGCCACCAUAUCCAGCUAUGAUCUCUUACCCCCCUGCUGCCACAUCUCGCCCCCCCACUGCUACCCCUCCUCCAGGCCGUGCGUGGGAGCAGGGUGACCAGAGUCGUUCUCAGCCAUUAGACUACCCAUUGGACCCCCACCACGCUCUUCCCCCUUCCCAACUCCUUCCCACAGAACAGGCUGAGCCCUGGCAACUAGAUCGUCAUGGCAACCCAAUGCAGUACACACGCUCUCGCCUAGAACCUGUACCUGUCCGAGUUGUGGACUACCACUAUGGUAAAGAAACUCCCAGAAGUUACCAAACUCCUAGGUCCACUUACAGCACGGCCCAAGGAGGAAGCAGCAACAGCUGGAAACCCCCCAACUCAUCCCAACCAGCAGUAGAUUACAGGUACCCACCACCACCAGCUACAAACUACAGACCACGCCCAGACCAAGAUGUCCCAGUUGUCACAAUCAAGAUGGCCACCUCUGGCAACACUCCCACCAAGAAGGCUGCUCUUGACUUCCACGGAGCAGUCCCCCAAACGUUUCCUUAUUCGUGCUGUCUCUGCGAUAUUACUGUGCUCUCUGAAAAGUUCUGGUUCACACACGUCAAUGGAACUCAACAUGCAGACGGACAGCUCACACUUCUUCAAAUGUAUCCUGAAUGGGACUGCCGGAUGCAGACCGCCAGAAGUGGUGACGACCACACAGACAGACCAAGGGUUGAAGAGAAGACUGGUGGACCUUCCCAUAGGUCUAUUAACUACUUAGGUAAACCGUCAAGUAGCGGCUCUAGAAAAAACGUAGACACUAAGACAAAGGUUACAAAGGGGAGUGGCAAAGUGGUUUGUGUCAAAUUUACCGCCCGGUGUCUCAACGAAGAUGGUUUGAAGGACCUGAUUAAACCGUUUGGUGAAGUUGUGAAAGUCAUCAUGUUCCAUGCUUUGGCGUUUGUGGAGUUGGAGUCAACGGACCAGGCCGCCGAUAUUGUGACAUACUACCUCAGUAACCCAGUGAUGGUGAAAGGAGGACAAGUCACCUUCUCUGUCUCGUCAACAUUUAAUUUCCUGCAGAGUUCCCGGGUGUUGAGUUUUUCCCCUGUGCCUCCUGGUAAAGAGUCUGCCGCGUGGAAAAGAGAGUUACUGGCCGUAGCGGAAGGAUUUGGACCUGUGGCGCACUCUCUAUUCUUACCUACGCAGGCAUUUGUGGAAAUGACGAAUGCACUGGAUGCACAGAAGCUUGUUGGACACCAUACGUCCAAACACCUGAAAAUAGAUGAGAUACAUAUUAAAGUGGCCUUCUCAUCAGAGUAUGAUACAUUUCGGACCAUGUCUGAGAGGAAGUCUUCAGACAGGAAGUCUCCAGACAGGAGCAGGAAGUCUGAAGACAGAUCUAAGAGGAAGAGAACCCCAAGCCCCAGAAGGCGGUCCCUCAGCCCCAGGAGAGAUUCACCAACCUCCUCAAAAAGGAGGAGGAGUAGAGAGAGGGAUAGCGACCGUCACAAAGAACGAGUGAAAUCAAACAGUGGGGGUAAAAGCAGGCCAAAGUCCCCCAGAAAACAGAGCUCCAGUCGGUCCUCCAGAAGCCCGCGCAGGCCAAGGUCCCCCAGCAAACAGAGCUCCAGUCGGUCCUCCAGAAGCCCUCGCAGGCCAAGGUCCCCCAGCAAACAGAGCUCCAGUCGGUCCUCCAGAAGCCCGCGCAGGCCAAGGUCCCCCAGCAAACAGAGCUCCAGUCGGUCCUCCAGAAGCCCUCGCAGGCCAAGGUCCCCCAGCAAACAGAGCUCCAGUCGGUCCUCCAGAAGCCCGCGCAGGCCAAGGUCCCCCAGCAAACAGAGCUCCAGUCGGUCCUCCAGAAGCCCUCGCAGGCCAAGGUCCCCCAGCAAACAGAGCUCCAGUCGGUCCUCCAGAAGCCCUCGCAGGCCAAGGUCCCCCAGCAAACAGAGCUCCAGUCGGUCCUCCAGAAGCCCUCACUCCCAUACUAAAGAGCGGGUGUCCAGUGAGAAGGUAUCCCCCAUUUCCACAACCACUCGCUCACAACCUCCCAUCAAGAAUAAGACCACAUCCCAGUCCUCCACUGUGAUGGAGAAGUCCAAAAAGGCUGUCGACACGAUUGACCAGAGCAAGCAAGAAACUGAGACCCAGGACAGCCAUGAGGAUGGAGCCAUGGAGGCCUGUGAAAUGGACAGUGACAUCGAGGGGAUGGCCGUGUAUGGGGAGGAUGGGGAGGAGAACUCUGACAUGGGAGAGGUAGGGGAGGGAGAGGUAGAGGAGGAAGAGGAACCGCAGGAGAGUGCUGAGGACAUGAUCCAGGAGUUUAAAGAACUAUGUGAGCCCAGGCAGAAAGCAACCUCUGGGACUGUAGAUGAUGCUCCUACAGAAGAGCUAUCAGCUACCGGGUCAGAACAGGGGAAAGAGCUCUCAGUUACUGGGUCAGAACAGGGGAAAGAGCUCUCAGUUACCGGGUCAGAACAGGGGAAAGAGCUCUCAGCUACCGGGUCAGAACAGGGGAAAGAGCUCUCAGCUACCGGGUCAGAACGGGGGAAAGAGCUCUCAGCUACCGGGUCAGAACGGGGGAAAGAGCUCUCAGCUACCGGGUCAGAACAGGGGAAAGAGCUCUCAGCUACCGGGUCAGAACAGGGGAAAGAGCUCUCAGCUACCGGGUCAGAACAGGGGAAAGAGCUCUCAGCUACCGGGUCAGAACAGGGGAAAGAGCUCUCAGCUACCGGGUCAGAACAGGGGAAAGAGCUCUCAGCUACCGGGUCAGAACAGGGGAAAGAGCUCUCAGCUACCGGGUCAGAACAGGGGAAAGAGCUCUCAGCUACCGGGUCAGAACAGGGGAAAGAGCUCUCAGCUACCGGGUCAGAACAGGGGAAAGAGCUCUCAGCUACCGGGUCAGAACAGGGGAAAGAGCUCUCAGCUACCGGGUCAGAACAGGGGAAAGAGAUAGAUGUUGAAGACCAGAAAGGAGAUACUUCAUACAUUGAUGAUGAGCCUGAUUUCCCAGAGGACCUUGAGAAUCUUAUUACAUUGGAUGAGCUGGAGGAGGAUUCCUCAGGUGAUAACCAAGAUAACCAGUCAACAGAUGAGAUCAAGAGCAGAUCCAAGAGCAAGCCCUCAGGACGUGAUCAGACACCUGGUAGAGUGAUCUACGUCAAAAACCUUCCCAGAAGCUUCUAUACGGAUAGUGACUUCCUGAAGAUUGUUAAAGGCUUUGGGAGAGUGCACCGCUAUUUGCUCCUUCGCAACGGUGAAGAGGGCUUCAUUGAGAUGGAGAGGUCUUCUGAUGCGACAAAGGCUUUAAGAGAGCUGCGUUAUAAUGGUUGUAAAUUAUACGGCCAGAAGUUGAUCAUCCUGCGGUCUCAGAAAUACAAAAGACUAACAACAGGGUGGAAACCUGACUCUGAUUCUAAAAGUGAUCGUAAGAAAGAUCACUUGAGUACUAGAAGCAGUAGCAGGAUAAGGAGUGGACGGACCAGCAGUCACUCAAAGUCAGUGGCUAAGGACGACAAGACAACAGAGAAGGACGGCAAGACAACAGAGAAGGACGACAAGACAACAGAGAAGGACGACAAGACAACAGAGAAGGACGACAAGACAACAGAGAAGGACGACAAGACAACAGAGAAGGACGACAAGACAACAGAGAAGGACGACAAGACAACAGAGAAGGACGGCAAGACAACAGAGAAGGACGGCAAGACAACAGAGAAGGACGACAAGACAAAAGAGAAGGACGACAAGACAAAAGAGAGGGACGACAAGACAACAGAGAAGGACGACAAGACAACAGAGAAGGACGACAAGACAACAGAGAAGGACGAGGAGACAAUGGAGAAGAACGAGGAGACAAUGGAGAAGAACGAGGAGACAAUGGAGAAGGACGAGGAGACAAUGGAGAAGGACGAGGAGACAAAAGAGAAGACAUCACGACAAGUACGCUCCAAGCCAGCCCAACACUGUGACAAGGAGGACAUAGGAGCGUCUGAAGGGAAUAUUGACAAAUCCUCCAACAGUGAAGACCAAAAGGAUGCCCCUGUCCCUGCUGCUGAGAAAGAGAAGCAGGCCUGUAGCAACGAGGAUAAUGCAGAAACCAAGAUGGAGGAUAAUGUGGAAACGGGACCAGAUUCCAUGAAGACUGGUAUGGAGUCAUCGUUCCAGGCCAACAACCCAGUAGGAAGAGAAUUCAUUAAACCUGUCAUGGGCUACUUCUGCGACCUGUGUCAAGUCAUCUAUGUCAAUGAGGACGAAGCAAAGAACCAACACUGCAGCAGCCUCUGUCACUAUCUGAAGGUUAUGGAACAUUCAGGUAAAGACACAGCCUCUAGCUAAAGAGAUGUCCCAUCUCUGGAGGAAGUUGACAAGAUGACAGUUUUAGGCCCAAUUUGACAGGAAGUGUACAAGUGCACACUUCCGGAGGAGUGUGGAGAAUCUGGAUUUUUCUUUAUAUUGCACUCAAGAAGAACGGCACGGGUUUACCUAAUCCACGAGAGGCUCUCUGUGAAACUCAUCCUAGAACAAUAAAUGAGAUUGCAGAUUACGUUAAUCUGUAUUGGUUUAUAUGAACAAAUGUUCAGCACCUACCUACAUAUAUUGUUAUGUUUGUGUUAAAAUAUCUCAGAUCUACUUUCUGUAACGUGAAUUGUUCGGUUUUCCCAUGUUAUUUGUUUUCAAGAUUUGUUUGAAUUUGAACUGCAUUCUAAACGAUUGUUAAUAAACGUGUUUAAUUAUUG